AUGGACGUGCGGUGUGAUCCGCCCUUCUACGCUCUCAGCGAUGAAGGUAUCUGUAUGCCAGAGGUUCCCGUGGGUCAGUUCUGCACGGGCCUGGGUCAGUGUGUGAAGGACGCGGACUGCCAGACCCCGUUCGGAGGUGUGUGUGUAUGUAGCAAAGGAUUCUACGCCACGGGGCCACGGGGGGAGGAGUGCGCGCCCUACAAGAACCCUGGCGAGCUCUGCUUGCCUGUCGACAGAUGUGUGAAGAACGCGUACUGUGACGACCCGACCCGGGGCCUCUGUGUCUGUGGGGACGCUUACUACGCCACCACCGAUGACUGCAGGCCCCGGAUCAAACCCGACCUCAACUGCACCGCCAGGGGUCAGUGCGUGCGCGAUGCCGAGUGCCUGGCCGGCGUCUGCGAAUGCCUGGACGAUUUCGUGUCCUGGGAAAAUCGUUGCAUGCCGAGAAUCCUAGUUCCAGAGACGUGUGAAAGUUUCGGACUGUGCGUCGCAAAUGCUGAGUGCACGCGAGGUGCUUGCGAGUGCAACCCGGGAUAUUAUGCUCGAUCCGGGCGCUGCUUGCCGCUAGUGAACGCCACCGAGCCGUGUUUCGACGGGCCCGGAACGUGCAUUGCUAACGCGGAGUGUGUUGGCGGGAGAUGCGUCUGCGUUAAAGGGUUCUACGCCAAAGAUGGCGGCUGUUUGACUUUGAUUGAAGCCGAAAAUCCCUGCAAUGGGGUUGGUCAGUGUGUUGACAACGCAGAGUGUGUUGGCGGGGUGUGUGAAUGCAACAUCGGCUUUUUCCCCCAAAAUGGCGCUUGUGUUGAUUUGAUACCCGCGAAGACACGUUGUGACGUCAGCACUGAGGUGUGUGUAGACAACGCGAACUGCACGAAAGGCUUUUGCCAGUGCGGACCGGGCUAUUUCGCCAAGAACGGCGUUUGUAACGAGCUGAUAGAAGCUAAAAAACCCUGUGAUGGCAUUGGUCAGUGUAUGGCCAACGCUGAAUGCAUGAGAGGGACUUGCGAGUGUGAUCCUGGCUAUUUCGCGAGACUCGGAAUGUGUGAAGUCAUCAAGAACGCUACACAGUCGUGUGAAGGGUUUGUUGGUGAGUGCGUUGCCAACGCGAAAUGCGUGAUGGGUGAAUGCGUGUGUGAGUCCGGCUUCUACGCCAAAAACGGACUGUGUCGUAUGGUGAACAACGCUACGCAAUUCUGUGACGGUGGUAUCGCCGGGGAGUGUACGGCCAACUCGAGGUGCGUCAACGGUCGGUGUCGGUGCGACUCCGGCUUCUACAACCGAUACGGACAGUGCGAGAGCUUGAUCAAAGCGGAGAAGAUGUGCGAGGAGAUUGCUGGAGAGUGCGUGCCCAACGCUGUCUGCACGAACGGAGAGUGUGUUUGCGCGGCGGGCUACUACGCCAGGAUGGGUUGGUGCGAAAUGGUGCGCAACGCCACGCAACCGUGCGAAAACGUCGUCGGUGAAUGCGUGGAUUCCGCGACGUGUCUUCUGGGGAAAUGCACGUGCGACGAGGGUUUUUACAACAAGGACGGUCUGUGUAAGAACAUUAUCAACGCUACAGAGCCGUGUGAUGGCACGCCUAAAGAAUGUGUGGCCAACGCACGGUGUGAGCGGCGCUUGUGUACCUGUGUGGACGGGUUCUACCCCAGGAAGGGGAAGUGUGAGCUUCUACUCAAAGUCCCUGACCCCUGUGAAGGCGUUGAGGGUGAGUGCGUCGCCAACGCUGCUUGCGUUGACGCCGCAUGCGCGUGCGAGAGAGGCUUCUACGCUAAAAGCGGGUUAUGUCACGUGCUGAGAAAUGCCUCCCAGCCGUGUGAGAACCUACCCGGCGAGUGCGUGGCUCACGCGCGGUGUCUGUCGGGUACGUGCACGUGUGUGGUCGGCUACUACGACCGUCUGGGUCUGUGUGCCAAGAGAAUCAACUCGACCGACGCUUGCGAGAACGUACCCGGGGAGUGUGUGGACUUCUCCACCUGCACCAGCGGCAUCUGUCGCUGUGACAACGGACACUACGCCAAAGAUGGAGGCUGUCAGGUGCUCAUCCCUGCAGAAAACGCGUGCGAGGGCGUGGCUGGUGAGUGCACGGCCAACGCUCAGUGCCAGAGCGGGAUUUGUGAAUGCUUGCAAGGGUUCUACGCCAGACAGGGGCUUUGCGUGGAAAAAAUUCGCGUGAAAAACCCUUGCGAGGGGGUCGCUCAAGAAUGCGUGGCCAACUCGCAAUGCGUUACCGGGGCGUGCGAAUGCGUGCAGGGUUACUUCCCCAAAGACGGAUUUUGCAGCGGGCUUAUCAACGCCAGCUUGUCGUGCAACGAAGCCGUUGGGGGAUGCGUCGCCAACGCGCGGUGCGUCAACUCACAAUGCACGUGCGUGGACGAUUACUACGCCAAGAACGGGGUGUGUGAGCCCGUGGUCCCUGCCUCCGGGCCGUGUGAGGGGUUGCUGGGUGAGUGCACGGACAACGCUAGGUGUGCACAGGGGGCAUGCACGUGCUUGAGCGGUUUUUACCCACGUGAGGGCCUGUGUAGGGAGAUACUCAACGCCACGGACGUGUGUGAGAAUCUGGCUGGGGAGUGCACGGAUAACUCGAACUGUGUGCGGAAAGUGGACGAGACUUGCGAGGGCGCCAUUAACGGCGAGUGUGUUCCGAACGCAAACUGCCUGCGCGGCCGAUGCGCAUGCGACCUGGGAUACUACGCGAAAGGCGCGUUCUGCUUACGUCACAUCAACGCCACAGAUUCCUGCGAGGGGGUUCCCAGCGAGUGCACCCCGUUCGCGAAAUGUACCCUGGGCGUUUGUCAGUGUGGGGACUGGUACUACCCGAAAGACGGCAAGUGCGCUCGGCUGAUUAACUCCACGAACUCGUGCGACUACACGCCGGGGGAGUGUGUAGAACACGCCUCGUGUGUCGGCGGGGAGUGUGUGUGUGGGGAAGGCUACUACCCUAAGGACGGUCUGUGUAGCGUGCUGGUGAGUGUUCCCGAGCCCUGCGACUACACACCGGGCGAGUGUGUCGAGCACGCGCGUUGUGACGUGCUGACGCAGACGUGUCGCUGCGAGGAAGGCUUCUACGACGAGGGUGGGCGGUGCUUCCCGCUGAGGAACGCCUCCCAGCCUUGCUCCGCCUCCCGCCAGUGCGUGAUGGACAGCUCCUGCGACGGGGGCGGGGUCUGCGCGUGUGACGUAGGCUUCUACGAGAUGGAUGGUCGGUGCUUCUUGCUGGUGAACGCCACGCAGCGUUGCUCGCUGGACAAGCAGUGCGUAAACCACAGCGCGUGCGUGAAGGACGAGUGCACGUGUCACCUUGGCUACUUCCCCAAGGACGGCGCCUGCCUGGUGUGGGUCAACGCUACUGACCCUUGUGACGCCAUUGGUCAGUGUGUGCCGAACUCGGAAUGCCAGGUCUUCAACGGAGGCACGUGCGUGUGCCACGAAGGUUUCUUCACCUUGCACGGCAGCUGUGAGCCCAUCGUGAACGCCUCCAGCACGUGCGGCCCGCUUGACCAGUGUGUGGACAACGCGCUGUGUAACUGGGACACGACGGGCACAUGCGACUGUGUCAGAGGUCACUACACGGCCGGGGGUCAGUGCCCUGAGCAGAUCAACGCCACGCAGAAGUGUACAGCCUUCCACCAAUGCGUGCCUCACGCCAACUGUAGCGCCACCAAGGGCGGCCUGUGCACGUGCGCCGCGGGCUACUACGCCACCAACUCCUCGUGUGAGCAGCUCAAGAAGGAGGGCGAGACGUGCGUGAGCACGGGCCAGUGUAUCCUCAACGCCGUCUGCCGAGCCGGGAACUGCACGUGUGAGCCCGAAUAUUUCGCUUUGAACGGCUACUGUCCACUCCGGAAACUGGCGGGCGACAAGUGUAACGGUUCCGGCCAGUGUGUGACGCACGCCGAGUGCACGUCACCGGACAGUGACGGUGUGUGUCGGUGUAACGCCGGGUACUACAGGGACCCUGAGGGCCGCUGUGCUGGAAUUAUCCCCCCAAACAAGGCGUGCACGGGCACAGGCCAGUGUGUGGCGAACGCCGAGUGUUCUUCGGACGUCUACGGGGUCUGUGUCUGUGAUUCCAGGUGA